UCUUCAUCACUAUCAUCAAUAAACAAAAUGAGUUCCUCAACAUUACCAUUGUUCUUCAAAGUACUUGGCUUGAUCCUUAUCAUCACCAAUCAUAGUUCUCAUGUAGCAAAUGCAAGGAAAGCAAUAGCUCCUUCUCCAAGGCAAAGAGUUUCAACGUUGGUUGAUGUAGUUUGUCAAAGCUAUGGAGUACUAGAAGAGUAUAGAGCAAGAUGCACGAAGGAGAUGCUUUCAGACCCCAAGAUCUCGUCGGAGAAAGACUCCGGAAAACUGAGAAUUAUGCUCGUUGAUCUGGCAAUCAAGAAGGCCAAAGAAGCACGGAUCUCCCUGGAAAAGAUGGAAAAAACAAAUAACAAGUAUCUUGAAGCUCUAGAACGUUGUGCUGGGUUUUUAAACGAUGCGGUUCUGCAGUUUGAUAGUGCCCUUGAUUCACUGAAGAACCCAAAUCCAGAGGAAGAUCUUAUGUCCAUAAGUAUGAAUGUUACUAUUGCAGGUGAUCAGCUUGAUUAUUGUGAGAUAGGCUUAGCUAAUGAUCACAUUGUUGAUCACACUGUUAAAUCUAUCAUCGACAAUGUUAGGAUGCAUCAGCGAAUGGUUUCUAGGGCAUUUUCCCUGUGAUUUCUCUUUCUUCUUUAACAACGAACAUUGUCGAUCAAACUGUAUUAUAAACAAAAAUGUUGUUCAUAUUGAACCACGUAUAAACAUAUU